AUGGUUUUUAUGCUGAAGGAGGGUCGACUUAGACUAGAUUUGCUAGAGGAAAUGUUUUACAUGGGUGGUGAAACACCGGAACGGGCUGCCUGGGAACAUUCAAGGUCAGUUAAAAUGAAUGUGUUGCCUCAAGCGAUCCUACAAAGCCCAGGGGAGCAUCCCCGGUUUGUAAAGCAGCCUGUUUGCCCCCCAUUAGACUUUGCAAGGAUUCAUUUGAUCAAAGACAAAGAUGGCAUAGAUGAUUAUUUGGCGAAGAAUAUCAAAGGGUUGUCAAAACAAGAAGCUGCAGCUAACAGGAACUCGUACACGAAGAACAUCUGCAUAGACAUGCUGCGACGGGGUUAUCACAAGUCCUUCUCCGAGCUCUUCACUCUGAUACAGAAGUGGAAUGCCUUGAGGGAGGCUGCAGGGCCUGGGUCAGCCAUAUGGCACGAGAAGUCCCUGGAGGAGCAGCCUGAUAAGCUGGAUCAGCUUUACCACUUCCUGACCAGGGCUGAGGCAGCCCAGCGAGCAGGGCUCUACGAGGAGGUGUACGAUAACCAGCUUAACUUGGCCUGCUCUUUCGAAGACCCUGAGGACAAAUGGUUAAGAGACUACUUUUAUGAGCAGUGCUUUAACACUGCUCAAUUAGUAAAAAUUGAUGGUGGGAAGAGAAAGGCACAAGCACAUGUAAACAUGGGCCUCAUCAAUGAGGGACACGGUCAUGUCAUGGAAGCUGCUGAGCAUUAUGAAGCAUUUUAUCAGCUAACAGAGGGAUCAUCAUGGACGGAUGAGACAGGCCAUACUUACAAUUUACUGGCAUGUGAGCAUCUCUGGAGAAUUUAUACAUUACUAGCAGACAAAAUGCUAGAAAAUAAAGAACACCAAGAGGCCAUCACAACACUAAUAAAAGCUUUAAAGAUGGCAAAAGAAGCAGGUAAUGUGAAGAUGGAAGGAGAAGCUGCAUAUUGCUUAAGUUUGGCAUAUCAUUUUUCUGGAGAACAACAGGCAGCAUUAUCAAUUUUGAACACCUCUUUAGCAAUAUUCACAGCACUUCGUGAUUCUGCUGGCCUGGGCAGAGCAUAUGCAGCUGCAGCCAAGAUCCUGGCAAGUCAGGGGAAGUCAGCUGAAGCUUUGAAGUACUUGGGAGAGUUUAUGAAGAAUGCUGAGAAAUCUCAUCUAAGCCAAAGCAUGGUGGAUGCAAAUGUAUUACUUGGGAAAGUUCACAAUGAAAGAGGGAACUAUAUUGAAGCUUUCGAAUAUUUCAGUCAGGCUUCUGAGACAGCCAAAACUUUAAACAGUGUGCCCUUGGUGGAUGAAACAAAGGCUUACUGUGGCAUUGCAAAGGCUCAUCAGCUGAUGGUGGCAUUUAACAGCCAUGUAGCAGCAGAAGAUCCCGUCAGCCUCAAGUACCUGCUGGCAUGGAAGGAAACCAGAAGUGACAUGUGCACUGACCCUCUUACAGUCGAACUUGAUAAAGAAACAAGUGCCUCAAAGCCUCUGUGAGCCUCUGUCCAAGACACCAGUUCUAGUUCCUUCCUGAGGAUGCCUCCUUACUGACAGAGGAGCUGAUAGAUGUAUAAUGAGUACAGGAAGAUCCUUGAGGAGACAUGCAACAAAGUAGGAAUUUCAGCAGGGAUUUUGUCAUUAAAAUGGGAGCACAGUGUUGCAGUACAAACAUCUGAGAGCUCUAUGAUAUAUUAUGACUGAAAUGUGGCUUCAAUGUGUAUUACAUGUUUUUAUCAAAAAUAGCUGGUGUUGU